AUGGCUGGCAGCGGAUCCCGGGAACCUGCAGCCUGAGCGCAGGUGGGAUGACAGGCGGGAGUGGGGGGUCUUCCGGUUGAGUGGACAGGAAGCUUUGAUCAGCUCGAGGUCUGAGUAAUUAAAGUCCGGUGUCAGGUGCAUCACACAGCCCACACACGUUCACCUCACACGUCUUGAGAACCGCGGGAGAUGCAUUACGUCAUAGCCUCCAGUCGCCCUAGAUGACCGCGCGCGCAGGACGGUAUGAUGCGGGGCUCCUGGACUAGAACGGAUUCCGCUGCUGCUGCCGCUGCUCACGAGCGUCCGGUGGCGGUGUCUCGACCGGACGAGGAAGAAGGGGAGCCGCCGUCGCGCGGCCGCCGGCUCUGAUGGCUCUUUCCCCGGGCGGGAAAGAGACACAGCAGUCGCCGCGGCGCUUGAGGGAAGGAGACAGCAGGUAUCUGGGAAGUGACGUGGUAUCCGCGCCCCGCGGACAAGCACAACGGUGCGGUUGUCGUGCGUUUCAAAGGAGGGCAGGAGUGGGAAGGGGGACAUGGCCGCCCAGUCGGACGGCGGCAAAGCGGGGGUCGGUUGCACAGUUGUACGAUGUGACGCUGAGGAGCCGCUGGACUCCGCCGCGAUCCACAUCUGUCAGUGCUGCCGCACCUCCGCCUGCUACUGGGGCUGCCGCUCAGCCUGCCUGGGCUCCCUGCUCGGUGGGGGCCAGGCUCCCGGCGGGGUCGGUAUCCGGGAGACUCACUGCCCUCCCCGGGAGCAGCUGUGGCUGGACUGCCUCUGGAUCAUUCUUGCUCUCCUCGUCUUUUUCUGGGAUGUUGGCACUGACUUGUGCCUGGCGGUGGACUACUACCGGAGGCAGGACUACCUCUGGUUCGGCCUCACGCUCUUCUUCGUGCUGGUGCCGUCGGUGCUGGUCCAGAUUCUGAGUUUCCGCUGGUUCGUGCAGGACUACACAGGUGGAGGGCUCGGGGAGGUGGAGGGACUGACCAAGAGGGGCGCGGUGGCGUUGGGGUGCCUCUAUCCCGGCAGGGACCGACUGCAGCUGGCCACCAUCUGGCUGUGGCAGGCCACCAUACACAUCCUCCAGCUGGGACAAGUGUGGAGGUACAUCAGGACACUGUAUCUGGGCGUCAUGUCCCGUCGCCAGAAGGAGCACCAACGGCGCUGGUACUGGGCCAUGAUGUUUGAGUAUGCCGACGUCAACAUGCUGCGGCUGCUGGAGACGUUCCUGGAGUCUGCGCCUCAGCUGGUCCUACAGCUCUGCAUCAUGAUCCAGGAGAACCGGGCUGAGACGCUGCAGUGCAUCUCCUCCCUGGCCUCCCUCCUGUCCCUCGCCUGGGUCCUGGCCUCCUACCACAAGCUGCUGCGGGACUCUCGUGAUGACCAGCGCAGCAUGAGUUAUCGUGGAGCUCUGUUACACCUCUUCUGGCGCCUCUUCACCAUCUCGUCACGCGUCCUCUCCCUCGCCCUCUUCGCAUCCCUUUUUCACAUCUACUUCGGCAUCUUUGUGGUGAUCCACUGGUGCGCUAUGGCCUUCUGGGUGGUGCACGGCGGCACCGACUUCUGCAUGUCCAAGUGGGAGGAGGUGCUUUUUAAUAUGGUGGUUGGCAUUGUCUACAUCUUCUGCUGGUUUAACGUCAAAGAGGGCAGGACGCGCUCCCGGAUGGUGGCGUACUACACCGUGGUGUUGGCCGAGAACACCAUCCUCACUGGGCUUUGGUAUGCCUACAGGGACCCGGUGCUGACCGACUCCUACGCCGUCCCAGCGCUGUGUGGUGUCUACCUGACGUUUGCCGGUGGUGUCCUGGUCAUGCUGCUGUACUACGGCUUCCUGCACCCUGCCACCGCCCACCUCCAGCCAAGCCCCGCUUCCUCCUGUUGCGCCCAGCUGCUCUGGGGUCUCCCUCUGCCCCCCUCGGCCCCACCCAGCGCUCCACCCACCCCAGCCCAUAUGACCAAGUCCCAGACGGAGGAAGAUGUGGCCGAGACGUGUCUUCCCGUCUUCCAGGUGAGGUCGACACCCCCAACCACCAAGCCCGAAGGCCCACUUAUAAAGAUCGACAUGCCCAGGAAGCGUUACCCGGCGUGGGAUGCCCACUAUGUAGACAGGCGCCUGCGGAGGACUAUAAACAUCCUGCAGUACAUAACGCCUGCUGCUGUGGGCAUCCGUUACCGCGACGGACCCUUACUGUAUGAACUACUCCAGUAUGAAUCCUCACUCUGACACACAAACACACACAAGAGCACACAUGCACCAUGAGAAACAUGUAUAUGAAAAAACAUAGUUCAAAACACAUUCACACACUUCAUACAUACACACAGACACAAAAGCAAUCUCUUACACUUGCACAUGCACACAUAGUCAUGCACACACAUGUUCCUUGCAGGCAUGCACAACCUGCAGGUCCCACGGCCAUGACUCAACAAGCUGCUUCAGCACGAGUCCACCCCCCCCCCCCCCCCCCCCCCCCCCCUUUUCCCAUUAAUUUGAUUUCACAUAUCUGUGCUCUGCUGUGAGGAAAAUACAGGAAAAAAAUUUUACAUGAGCGCAGUAUGUCAUCAGAGUCCACGCAUGCCGUUAACGUUGCACCACACUUUGACAGGGUUUCACUAGAAUAAAAACGCAAAAGACGUGACACAAAGAACGAACAGAUGUCACUUUUAAUAAAAGGAGUUUGUGACCACAUUGUUGUUAGUCUAGUCAAAGGUAGUGUAUAUAUUUUCUAUGUACAGAAGGAGUCUUUUUAAUGUCCUGUUUGUUGUCGUCGACUGGGGACAAAGUGAUUGGAAACAAUAGUGUAUGGAGUUAUUUGCAAGUAGCAAAGCAUGAUGGGAAAGAUGGAGACAGGGAGGAUAAUGGCAUCUUGUGUGCUCAUUAAAUUUCAUUCAAAAUUUGCACUCAACUCAGUUUGUUUGGACUGUAAUUAGAUAGUUUUGAACAUUAGCUAGACAAGUAAAAAAAAAUAAUGCUGAAAAUGAAUCUCGAUAACAGUAAAAUAAUUCAAUGUUCCUUUUUCUGAGGCAUCUCCAGUGAAAACUAUUCAAGGAAUGUGCAAAACUUAACUCUGCAGAAGACAAACAGGUGGUUUUCCGUUUGAAAUACCUGAAAAAACAAACUUGGCAACACUUUAAGUAUUUAAAUGUUAAUGGUUUUAAGUCUUGAAGUACCUUACCAGUGAUUAAAUGAAAAACUUAUAAUCUGUAAAGUUUAUGAUAGAUUGUUUUUAAGGUAAAUGGUUCCUUACUAAUUUUUCCUCCGUAGCUUAAAAAAAAACUUGCUGCGUUGGUGUAACUUGCCAGACAAUGAUGAAAUCACGACUCACACUUUGAACAAAAUGAAAGACUAAUUAUUUCUUAUCUAUUUUCAAUGCAUUUUUCUUUUUGUGGUGUCUUAAUCAUCCUGGUCCCACACUAACAGGGUGCUGCCACUGAAGCUGAUAUAAAACAGCUUCAACCCCCCCCCCCCCCCCCUCCCUUCCCCAAAUGACUUCUUCUGUAAUAUGUCCAACACCAACUCCUCCAAAGCCACCCACGGCUGAGCUGUGAUGCAUGGCUCAUUAUUUAUUUUUUUGUUUGUUUAUCCCUGUAAUCCAAGCUGUUACAUUGGCAGAUGACAAGAAGUGAGCCAAGUUAUCAGUCAUCAGCCCGUCAGCAGAUCGUUGCUCCUGAAAUCACACACCGUCAGGGGCCGCCUUAACACCGCACGGCACCGAAUAAAAACAUGGGUUUGGAAGGGUUAAAGAAAACAUACUUUGCUUUGUGCUGAACCACAUUUUUUUCAAGUCCCCUGUCUGUGGUAGAGCAGGUGAAACCCAGCCAUGAGCUAUUUCAGAUGGUGCAUUUAGACCAGAUGAACACAAACAUACAUUCUUCUUAUCAAUGCUGCUGUCCAAGAGGAUCCAGCACGUGGAAGAGAAAGAUAAUGACCUUAAAUGGGCUCUAAGAGACUAAAAAUGGAUACUUCAGCAUUUUUGGAUAGUGGUAAUCCCAAUAUCUGUACAAUAAAGGAGUGCAGUAGAUUUCUGUUAAGUCAUUUUAGGGAAACUGACAACUCAAGGUCUUUUUUUUUUUUUUUUACAUCUUAUUAAUUACUUACUUAUACUGAUUUUACACUGAGGUAGUUCCAGAGCCAGUGUCUCAUCUAAUCUGGAGCCAGUUUUUUCUGUUCCAACCGCCAAAGAAUUAGCUCAGGGCCAGGAAAACUGGCUCCAGAGUGGUGCCAACAGGACUAUAAUCAAGAACCAAUAGAGAGGUGAAGUCUUCUCCCUUCUGGUGUGAUCCAUCAGACCUAAUAUGAACAGUCAGUGGAAACAGAACAUUUACACAUAUGAUGAACAUAUGAACAUGUGAUACACAUCAUCACACCAAAAGGGCCUGUAACAGCAUAUUUCACCUCAUUCUUCAAGAGUGAGGAGAAAAAGUAUUAAAAGAGGCAAAGAUCUCUAAAGGUCUGGUAAUGUUGAAGCCGUAGAGACAUCUUCAGCGACUCUGUGCAGAUUGAUGAGAGAGACAGUUAUGAUGACGUCGCUUCCAGUAUGUAGUCAUUUAUGUAUUUUAGGUUUGUAAGUUCAACAAUUUUGCAACACACUGACUUGUAGAAUGAUUGUUUCACUUGACAAAUGUUAAAUAUGUAAAUGAUGGCGUAAUUAUAACAGAAUUAAAGAAAUUGUCCCACACUAUUGACUGUAAUACCGUUAUGUCCCAUGGGGCACAACCAGAAGGGGAACUUCAGAUGAAGGUCAAUAGCAGGACUGGUUGUCAUUGUGAUCAGAAGGCUGAUUAUAACUUUGUGAUCACCGUCUUUCAAAAUCUGACCAGAGAUACAGUCUAAACAGGAUUAGAAGUCAGUAUUUGUGCAGAUCUGUAUCCUUUUACCAUAUAUUCCAAUACUGGGAAACUUGCUGCUAAUAUUAGACGUUAGCCUGUGGUUAAGGGGUCAGCUAACAUGUCUCGCCAGCUGUCAACACACAAGAUCUAGGUGGUCAGAGCUCAUUUAACCACAGCGAGAACAGCUAACCCUAGAAGUUAUGUAAUUGGUCGAAUGUAGGAUUACCACCAAGGUUCUGUAAAGCAAACUUUUGAAAACUUGUCGAAAAGAAAAUGUAAAGUAAAUAAACAAACAAGGCUAAGUAGUAUCAUCAGAAAAUGGCAAUAUAGGCUAAAUCACUCAUCGUUAGAAUAAUAGUAGAGGAAGUAGAGCAGUCUAUUGCUAAUGGCUGUUGUUCAUGUAGCAGCCAUGUGUUCACCAUGUCUUAUUGAGACCAUCUUGGAAAAUACAAAGGAUAUUUGUUAUGCCGGAAUGCAUAAGAAAAGCCUGACGUGUAAACAUGAUGGACUCUCUUUAUACAUAUACAGAGAUCAUCCACCUAAAGGAAAUACAACAAUUCAUAGUUAUAGGAGAAUAUACAUUAAUGUAAAACAUUAUGAAUACUACAUUCCCUAUUUGAGCCCUCUAAUUCUCACACACUGGCACAAGAAGUAAUUUAUUAAGCAAUAAUGUCAUACAAACUGUGCAAAAGUCUUUGGCCACUAUUUAGCUUUGUUGUUUUUUUAACUGUUAUUUCUUAAGCUAUAACAAGAAAACACAGAAAGAUAUGCACAUAAUAUUGAAAGCACACGCAAAUCCAACAAAAAGUAGCUCUAACAAUAAGAAAUAUUUGACGUGUUGAGUGAAACCACUGGAUUAGCACUAUAAAUUUCAUAUUUUCUGCAAAAAAUAUGACUCUGAAUACUUUGGCGUGUGGAGAAUGGUUUUUUUUCUAAGGUUUUAACAGGUCUCAGCAUUUUCUGUAAGCUUGUGGGAAACCGAAGUGCAUAGGUGGGGUAAACAUUUAACAGUUUACAGUAGAAAAAUUCUACAAUUUCUUGUCAUUUUGGACCAUUAUUACUACUGUGUGUGACAU